CAUCUGCAUCCUCAGAGCCGCUGCUUUCACUUCCAUCCACUUCACGAGUGGACGCGUCUGAGCGCAGUUGAUCGCUGUGACAAGAUCUCUAAACUUCAGCUGCAUGUGCAAGAUGAGAAGACACUUACUUGGAAUACUUGUACUUUUGAAAUACUGCAUUUGCGGUGAUGUGCAGGACUUUGAUGGAGACAUCAAGGACUUCGUAGUUGGUAACAGUAAGUUGUUUGUUCUUACUGACCGUCGACUACAUCAGACGAGACACGAUCUACAUGAGGAGAAGAGGAAAGACAUCACUAAUGCCACUGACCAUAACAGAGUUAACACUCUGGUGGCUUUUGAUGUGAACGGCACCCUGAUAACGUGUGGGACGUUUAAAGAAGGGUAUUGUGAAGUUCUUGACAUAAAUAACAUUACAAACAGUAUUUACUAUGAAAGUAAUAUUUUGGUAGGACCGCGACAGAAUGAGAAAUCUGUUGCCUUCAUAGCCGGGAGGUUCCUUUUGGUUGGGAAAAAGGACGACGAUGCAAAAGCUCAAGACACCAGGUAUUCUGUUGUUAGCUUGCGGAGCACUUUAGAGUCUCAGCCAGGUGGGAUUUUCUCAACAAUAGCGGAACUAUCAAAUGCCAUCAUUCAGAGCACAGUGAGAGAUGUGGAGUUUGUUGAUGGAUUCCAGAGAGUUUCGCCCUCAGAAUCCUAUUUAUUUCUCAAUGCAAAGACCGACUACGAGAGGAAAGUGCUCGUCCUGAGGAUGAACAGCUCAAAAGGGAAAAAGAUAGACAUAAUCAAAUCCCUACAGGCUGCAACGAUACGAUGCUGCAGUGAUAAAGUUCGUCCAGUGCUCGUCGCCUGCACCGUUAUUCCCUCAGUGAACGGUGUUAUUUGGGCAGGUGUGUUCAGUGCGCAGAAUCAGCAGGAUCCGGAGAACAGCGCGCUGGCUCUGUACGACAUCAGUAACGUUCAAGGCCGAGUGAAGGGCUUCUGCGCUUACGGUGAAAAUCCGUGUGGUUCUGAGACUGAUACUGAACUUCAGCCGCUCUCUGACUCUGUGGUGUUCAAGUACAGCUCAAUGUCAGCAGUGGCAGCAGUUAGAAAUGGAUCCUGGAUUGUGCUGUUCAUAGGAACCAGUGAUGGACAACUCAUAAAGCUUGUAUUGGAUGAGAAAUAUAAACCAGGCUGUCCAAUAGUGCUGUACAAAUCUGAUGAUGAACGAGCAGUUCUUCCCAGAAUGCACUUUGAUCCAGUGGAUUUCAAACACAUCUACAUCGCUCUGAAGAAACAGUUAAGAAGAGAAUCUGUGGUUUCAUGUGCUAAAUACAGCACUCUGAAAGACUGCAGAGCUGCUCUGGAUCCUUUCUGCGGCUGGUGUGUGAACACUCAGAGAUGUUCUACUCAAGAUGAAUGCUCAAAUACUGCAUGGGUGUCCAUCCCAAAAAACUCUCUUCAGACACAGCUGUUUUCUUUUCAGAUGGCAGAGAAUUAUUCUAGAAAGAUUAAUCUACAUCUUAUUUUGAAUCUGGAGAGCACAGGAAAUCCUGCCUUCUCAUGCACCUUCACUAAAGAAAGUGUAAACCUGUGUGACGUGUCUGAUCCGCCUGCAGUUUUCCCAAACUGCUCCUGUAGUUUUUCUGACCAGAUGCUCUAUACUAGAGGUUUAAAAGUCUCUGCUACUGUUACUAUUGAGGAUCAGAACAUCAUAGAGAUGCUGACACUGAGGAACUGCUCCCGUAUCACAGAUAAUUCACCAAAUGCUUCUUAUACACAGUGUGUUCAGUGUAUCUCAUCUGGGUGUCACUGGUCCUCAUUCUCCAAGCGUUGUGAAUGGACACUUGGACCUGGACCACAGUUAAACAUACAGGAUGCAUGUAAACAUCUACUCUCUGAGAUGGUCUACGAUAUGAUCACUUACAGUUCUCAGCCCAGCUGCACUGGAAUACAUCCCACAGUCAGCUGGAGCAGUGGUGGAAGGAAGAUUCAUGUUCAGGGCAGCAAUAUGGAAUUAGUGGAGUCAGUUACUGUCCUUCCCUCUAAUAAAGUGCUGAAAACACAGUACGACACAAGCUCAGGGGACAUGUGGUUUCACUCCCACCCUUAUGAUGGCGGUGGUCAGUUUAGCUUCUUGUUGAAUGUUGGGAACGCCAAUGUGAACUGUGUGGAUUAUUUCUCCUACAAGCCUGAUCCAGAAUUCACUGGAUUCACCACCUUACAGGUGGCCAACGAUCUACAGGUGAACAUUAAGAAAAUGAACGAUAAUUUGAAUUUGAAUAUCAGUGAGGUGAAUGUAACGGGAGUCCAGGGAGAUCAGCAGUAUCGGUGUGUUUUGGAGAAGAUUGAGUCCAAUGCCGUCAUCUGUAAGAUUAAAGGAGAAUCAGGAGCCGUCCCAGCAGUGGACUCACUCACUAUAAAUGUUGGGAAUUUUUCUAAAAACCUUGAGUCGCAAAGUGGUUUAAUAUUUUUACCCGUCCUUGCAUUGAUUCUGCUCAUAAUUCUGGGUGCUGUUGUUGGAUUCAUUGUUCACCGUAAGAGCCAGAGACAAAUGAAUGAGAGAAUGAACAAGCAACUAGAAAUGCUGGAAAGCAACAUCAGAAGGGACAUACGACAAGGCUUUGUUGACUUGCAAACAGAAACAUCGGAUUUAAUCGAUAAUGUUGGAGCCAUACCCUUCCUGGAUUACAAGCACUUUGCCUCAAAAAUCUUCUUUCCUGAGGCUGGUCCUCUGGCAGCAGUCAUGAUCAGAGACAUUGGGCAGGACUCUGAGCAGACAACUUUAGAUGAGAAAUGUCAGGCCUUUGCUGCGCUGAUCAGAGAUAAGCAGUUUCUCAGUUGUUUCUUGCAUGCAUUAGAGGAACAGAAAAACUUCAGCAUAAAAGACAAAUGUACAGUGGCAUCUCUGUUGACUCUGGCCCUCCAUGGAGACCUGCUUUAUCUCACAGAGGUCAUGGAGGACCUUCUGCAGAGUCUGAUGGACCAGUCCAGCAAUGCAAAUCCCAAACUUCUCCUGCGCCGCACAGAGUCCAUAGUGGAGAAGCUUCUUACCAACUGGAUGUCCAUCUGUCUGUAUGGCUUCCUCAGGGAAUCAGUAGGACAGCCUCUCUUCCUGUUGGUGUCAGCUUUGACUCAGCAAAUUUCGAAAGGGCCGGUGGAUUCGGUGACUGAGAAAGCUCUGUACACUCUUAGCGAGGACUGGCUUCUCUGCCAAGCGCAGGACUUUGAGGCCUUGAAACUGAAGGUGGUGUUUGCUGUGGGGACUGGAGGAGAGGUCAGUGAACCCUUAGAGGUCAACGCACUGACCUGUGACACAAUACAACAGGUCAAGGAGAAAAUCUUGCAGAACUUCCAGCGCAAGUUUGGUUUCCUCUUCCAGCAGAUCAGGGAUAUAGAAAUUGAAUAUGAAAAGGAAGGAAAGUUUGUCAUGCUACAGGAAGUCGAUGAGUCCUCAGAGAUUCGGGGGCAUGUUACCAUGUUGAACACUCUAAAACAUUAUCAGGUUGGAGAUGGAUCAUGCAUUAAAGUUAUCACAACAAAAGUACAUGCACCAUUGAGGUCUCAGAGCAGUGUAAAGGAUGAUGAGAACUUCGCUGUCAAGUACUUCCAUCUGGUCGAUCCAGAUAUCGACACAGACCUGAGCAAACAUCCAGAGAAAAAAGCACUAAAAUUCAAAGAGAUGUACCUCACCAAGCUGCUCUCCACUAAGGUAGCAGUCCAUUCUUUUGUGGAGAAUCUGUUCAGGAGUAUCUGGGGAUUGCCUAACAGCAGGGCCCCACUGGCCAUCAAGUACUUUUUCCACUUCCUGGAUGCACAAGCAGAGAGAAAAAAAAUCUCAGAUCCAGAUGUUCUCCACAUCUGGAAAACAAACAGCCUUCCACUUCGUUUCUGGGUGAACAUCCUGAAGAACCCUGACUUUGUGUUCAGCGACUUGGAAAAGACACCUCACCUGGACGGCUGUCUGUCCGUCAUCGCUCAGGCCUUCAUGGACUCCUUCUCCCUAGUCGAGCAACACCUGGACAAGCAUUCACCAACCAAUAAGCUACUCUAUGGCAAAGACAUCCCUCAGUACAAACAGGAAGUGAAGUCAUACUACAAGUUAGUGAAGGACCAGCCUUCUAUUAGCAGCCAAGAGUUGAAAAUAUUUCUUCAAGGGGAGUCAAAGAAACAUCAAAAUGAGUUCAAUGAAUCUGCGGCUCUGCGAGAACUCUGCAAAUUCAUGCUCCGCUACUUCAGCGAGGUUUCUCAGAAGCUGGAACAGACAGACGCCCCUGAUAAGUUGAAAGAGGACAUGCAAAACGUGAAGGAGCUUUUUGAAAACAUGAAGCGAAGUGGUUGGAGUUGAAAUUCCUGGUCUUGUUAUUCAUAUGGGUAUUUACACUGCAUUUUGUUUAUUUUAAGCUGGUCAUUAAACUGGACGCACCUCCAUCAUAAAGACUUUCAGCACCAUCGGCCAUAUAUAGAGAAGACAGAUUCACUUCUGUUAGUUGGACAUUAUAGAGACCAAGUGAAUGUAAUGUAUAUUGAUUAAUUUUAGAGUUCGAGAGGAGCUCAUUGUUGAGCUUAUAUUGGACUAACACUGACCUGUCUAUACAAUGUAUCUCAAACCCAUUACUUGCAAAACUUGAUGAUUUAUAUGGUUUAAUUAGAUUUUUCUCCCUGCUUUCUGAAUCAUAUAUUAUUUUACUACAGAAUUUGCCUCUAAUGCAUUAAUCUGCCAAUUUGCAUAAUUAUUCAACUGUCCUGGUCUGCACUAUAUUAUUAAAAUGUGUGUAGUUUUAUGUAAAGAGAUGUGUCUAACAGUGUGAUCACUGUUAAUCUGUAUUCCUUUGUCGCCCUCUAUUGGUUAUAAUAGUUAUUACUUAUAAUAUGACAGCUUGCAUUAAUCGAUUUAUGAAUUACAUUAUCCUUAAGGAGUAACAUUCAGAACGAUAUAACCAAACAAAAAAAUAAUGGGUGAAAUUGCCAGUAUAUUUUAAAAUGUAAGGGGAAAUAAUUGAAGUAUGUAGAAAGAGUAUCAUUUUUAUCGUUGUUUUUUGUUCUUUCUUUCUUUCUUUUUUUUAUCUAAUGUAUCACUUAGGAUAUAUUGACAGAUGUUAAGUUUACUAUUUGCCUAUUUCUGUU